AUGAAAAGGCUUGAGGCAUCAGCAGCGGAGGUGAGGAAAAUCCAACAGCUGCUCGAGGAGGAGGAUACGGUCACCGAAGAAGAGGACGAGGCAGAGCCAGGAAAGGGAGACGAGCUGGAUGAUGCAGAGAAGGAGCAGGUUGCAGCUAAGCUCCAAGAGGAACUUGACAGGAGCAUCCGAGAGCUGAAUGAAUGCAUCUCGGACCUCGAUCGAAGGAAGGAGCAAGCGCUCGUCGACCUCCAGCAAGACUGUGACCUCGCUGAGGACGCGCAGACCUUGCAAAGGGCGCUGGAGUUGGAGCUGAAGGUGCUGAAGCAGCCGAGGACGUCGCAUGCGAGGAGGAAGGAGCUACGAGAGCUCAAGGCGAAGAAUGAGGAGCUUGUAUGCAAGGAUCCGCACUCAGUCCAUUUUCUUCUCCUCUCAAACCUCAUCGACGAACACAUCCCUGACGCUGCUGCGGUGGGGGAGCAAGCUUCGUUCAAGGAGCUGCUGGGUGACGUCAUGAAUCACCAUUUCCAAGACGAGGCUGAGGAGAGCUUCUUGGCGAUCAGCUCCCGUUACCGGCAGGAGCACGUCGAUCUGCUGGAAAGAGCAGGGGUGAUUGUGGUGGACCCGGCAGACCCCUGUCGCAUGAGGAUGACUAGCUUCUUCUGA